UACAUUCUGCAAGGGAUGCUUAUCACCGUCUUUGCUAAUCACACGCGUGCGCACGUUGCCCCAAAGGCGGAGCAGCUUCCCAUCAUGCUCGGCGGGAGUUGCGGACGGCGCGCGUCUGUUGCCAGGCAACGGCGCCAGGGACCGGAGCCCACCCGCUCGCCGCCGCCGGAUCCAGGCACAACCAACGAUACUGGAGCAAGAUCUAUGAUCUUUGGGCACAACGCUCCGUCUCGGGCAGCAAUGGCGAAGAGUCAAGUUGGAGCCGCGUCCUCAGUGGACCAGACCAAUGUGAAAAGAAAAUAUAGCACUCAUGUUACACGAUCAACCAAUUCUGGAAGAAAGUCUUCUGCUUCUGUUAAAGGUGUUAUGGCAACCAAUAAGGAUAAUUCAAAAUGCCAGCAAUUGGGUGGAUGUGAGAGCACCAAUAUAUUAUAUCUACAUGGAAAAGGAAUUAAGAAAAUACAGAAGUUUGAUAUUUUGAAAGGAAUAAAGAUAUUGGACCUUUCCUGUAACUUCAUUGAAGAAAUUGAGAAUUUAGAGAAUCCAUGUGAAAUUACUGAACUCAAACUAUAUGGUAACUACAUCAGACACAUCAAGAAUCUAGACAGCCUUCAAGAGCUCCGUGUUCUUCAGUUGCAGUAUAAUCACAUAACAAGUAUAAGAAAAGGUUUGCUCAAACUCCGGAAACUGCAGAGAUUGAGACUGGAUAGUAACCAGCUGAUAUGUGUGGAGUCACGGGAGUUUUCAGGACUAAGUCAAUUGACAUCUCUGGAUAUCAGCCAUAACCAGCUAACUGACAUCACUGCUGUGAAUGGAUUGCCCUGUCUCGAGGAGCUGUUUGCAUCCCACAACAAGUUGUAUGGGGUUGUUGAUCUCAGUAGAUGUAAUAAGUUACAGGAACUGGAUUUAUCCAACAACAAAAUUUCAGAGGUCCAUGGACUAUCUUUGCUGGAAACUUUAACUUCCGUAGAUCUGUCCAGCAAUGUCAUGUGCAGUACUGAAAGGCUUGGAAUUUUGAGUUCCUUGCAGGAGUUGAAUCUUGCCAAUAAUCAGCUGAAGUCUGUUUGUAGCUUUUCCAAACAAUUCCCUAAUCUUGAAGUCCUUAACAUAGCCAAUAACUGCAUUGACUUGAAGGGCGAACUUAGAUCGCUGGCACAGUGCUGCCACCUACAGGAUCUACAUUUAACUGGCAACGCUGGGACUUCCGAAGAAGAACAAAAUGAGCAUCUGAUGCAGAUCUCCCUUCUCAUGCCUCAGCUUAACAGUUUGGAUGAGGUUAUUCUUAACCAUUCUAACAAAGAGCAGAAUGCUCCAGUUCCAAAAACAGCAUUGGCCAAUGUUUCCCUGGAGAGUGUGCAGAAAAUCACAAGCUGUUUGAUGGAUUUUGAGUCUGAAAUGGAGGAUCUGCAACAAUCAAUUGUCGGAAGGUUUAGUGAGGUGAAGAAUUUGCUGGAGACUCUACCAAAGCAGUUGCCAUGGAGUUCAUAUACAACAGCACCAGCAAGGUUGACCUCAGUGGAAAACUAUGGACCCCGUCCACAGACACGCUGCAGCAGUCGCUCCAGAAUUGAAGACGCCAGAUCGUAUGCUGCCCAACACUUUGGGAAGAAAUAACACGAUCGCUGGAAGGGUUUGUGUCCAGAAGAAUAAGAGUCAAAACAAAGAUAGGAGAAAAGUUGUUACUGGUCCAGACUACCUUAACAAGCUUUGAUGCAUAACCAGCACAACGCAUUUUCCAUUCUAAAAGUUUAUUAGUUGAAACCAGCUACAGUGUUCAAAUACUGGUUUCACCAGGCUGACUGAAUCAGCUAUUACAGAAUUUGCUGUU